AUGAAAGCCUGGCUCUACACCACCACCUCACCAAGCCUAGAAAAGUCCCUAACCCUCCACAACAACGCCCUCGCACCUCCGACCCCAAAAAACAACGAACUCCUCAUCCAAGUCCUCAGCGCAUCCCUAAACCACACAGACUACCAAUACCCAGAGCAAUUCCUAAAUUCAGGCCUCGCACGCCUAAUAAUAGGCACACCCGCAAGUCCCGGAAUAGAAUUCUGUGGUCGAGUCACAGCCACAGGACCCCUAGCACAGCAUUUGAAAGAAGGCACAAUAGUCUACGGUUGUCACAGCCGCCCCACUCAAUUCGGGACAUUAGCCGAAUACCUCGUUAUAAAAGCUGAUAAAAUCGCCAUUUUACCUGAUGGAGUUGACAUCAAUUCUGCAUCUGCGGUUAGCAUCUGCGGAAUAACAGCCUACCAAGCUCUAGAAGGGAAUGUCAAACCUGGUUCCGGUUCAUCGGUCCUGAUAAAUGGCGGUUCAGGAGGAUGCGGACAAUUCGCGAUCCAAAUCGCAAAAGCAAUGGGGUGUCGCGUUACAGCAACCUGCUCAACAAGAAACAUGGAACUAUGUCUCCGAAUCGGUGCAGAUGAAGUAAUCGACUACACAGCCGAAGAAGAUCUAGUGCGCAAAUUAGCUUCUCGGGGAUCAGGAAUGGAAUUCGAUUGUAUAAUCGAUAAUGUUGGGACUCCGUCAACGCUAUACUAUGAGUGUCAUCGGUUUCUGAAAGAGGAAGGGGUAUUCAUGCAAGUCGGGGUUGAGUCGGUGAGGACGUAUUUACGGGCUGUGUGGCCUGCUUUUCUUGGGGGUGGGAGGAGACGAUAUGUGAUUUUGCGACGGGUGGAUGAUAAUAGACGGCUUGUGAAACUUGGGGAGUGGUUGGGGGAUCGGACUGUGCAGGUACAGACUGAUGGGGUUUAUGAGUUUCAUGAUGUGGUUAAGGCGUUUGAGAAGUUGAGAUCUGGACAUGCGAGGGGGAAGAUCGUGGUUCGUGUUAGUGAUCCGCAUGCGAGGGAUAUGCAGUCAUUUGGGAUUGGAUUUUGA